AUGACUUUUCAGGUUUGGGGGUGGCGGAGGGAAGCGUCUCAGGUUUGGGCUUGGGUUCCAGACGCAGUGGGCGGGAGAGGGGCAGCGAUGCCGCGCAGGACCCCGGCUACAAAAGACCCUACAGCUGUAGAGAGAGCAAACUUGUUAAACAUGGCUAAACUCAGUAUUAAAGGACUCAUUGAAUCUGCUCUAAGCUUUGGCCGCACUUUGGAUUCUGAUUAUCCCCCCUUGCAGCAGUUCUUCGUUGUUAUGGAGCAUUGUCUGAAACAUGGUCUUAAAGUAAGAAAAUCAUUUUUGAGUUAUAACAAAACUAUAUGGGGCCCUUUGGAACUGGUGGAGAAGCUGUACCCAGAAGCAGAAGAAAUAGGAGCUAGUGUCCGGGAUUUACCUGGUCUUAAGACCCCCCUGGGUCGUGCAAGAGCGUGGCUUCGAUUAGCCCUCAUGCAAAAAAAAAUGGCUGACUACCUGCGUUGCUUAAUUAUUCAAAGGGAUCUCUUGAGUGAAUUCUAUGAGUAUCAUGCACUAAUGAUGGAAGAAGAAGGAGCAGUAAUUGUUGGGCUGCUGGUUGGCCUGAAUGUGAUAGACGCUAAUCUGUGUGUAAAGGGAGAGGAUUUAGACUCACAAGUUGGAGUGAUUGAUUUUUCCAUGUAUUUAAAGAACGAAGAAGAUAUUGGAAAUAAAGAAAGGAAUGUUCAAAUUGCUGCCAUAUUAGACCAGAAGAAUUAUGUUGAAGAAUUAAAUAGACAACUGAACAGCACAGUCAGCAGUCUCCAUUCAAGAGUUGACUCUUUAGAAAAGUCAAAUACUAAGCUGAUUGAAGAGUUAGCAAUAGCAAAGAAUAAUAUCAUUAAACUCCAAGAAGAAAAUCAUCAAUUACGAAGUGAAAAUAAAUUGAUUUUAAUGAAAACACAGCAGCACCUAGAAGUUACCAAAGUAGAUGUGGAAACUGAGCUUCAAACAUAUAAGCAUUCUAGGCAGGGGCUAGAUGAAAUGUACAAUGAAGCCAGAAGGCAGCUUCGAGAUGAAUCUCAGUUAAGACAAGAUGUGGAGAAUGAGCUCGCGGUACAAGUUAGUAUGAAACAUGAGAUUGAACUUGCCAUGAAGUUGUUGGAGAAAGAUAUCCAUGAGAAACAAGAUACUCUGAUAGGCCUUCGACAACAACUAGAGGAAGUUAAAGCAAUUAACAUAGAGAUGUAUCAAAAGUUGCAGGGUUCUGAAGCUGAUUUGAAAGAAAAAAAUGAAAUAAUUGCCCGACUAGAAGAAAAAACCAAUAAAAUUACUGCAGCCAUGAGGCAGCUGGAACAAAGAUUGCAGCAAGCAGAGAAGGCGCAAAUGGACACUGAAGAUGAGGACAAGAAAUAUCUACAAGAAUGCCAGAGUAAAUUCGACGGUCUGCAGAAACAAAUCUCCCAAAAGGAGAAACAGCUGGUGCAACUGGAAACCGAUCUGAAGAUUGAGAAGGAAUGGAGGCAAACUUUGCAAGAAGAUCUUCAAAAGGAGAAAGACACCUUAUCUCAUCUUAGAAAUGAGACCCAACAAAUCCUUAGUCUUAAAAAAGAGUUCCUUCACCUCCAGGAUGAAAAUCACCAGUUGAAGAAAAUAUAUCAUGAACAGGAGCAAGCUCUUCAAGAACUUGGCAACAAACUUAGCGAAUCAAAACUUAAAAUAGAAGAUAUAAAAGAAGCCAACAAAGCAUUGCAGGGACUGGUUUGGUUGAAAGACAAAGAAGCAACACAUUGUAAACUUUGUGAAAAGGAAUUCUCACUCUCUAAGAGAAAGGUAAGGGAGAUAGGAAGUGAGUCCAAAAGUUAUGUUGCAAAUAUGGCUAAUUUUACUCAAUUUUUUUCUCUGAUUUUUCCAUUUAAUAGCACCACUGUAGAAACUGUGGGGAAAUUUUCUGUAAUGCUUGCUCUGACAACGAACUGCCUUUGCCUUCUUCACCAAAGCCAGUACGGGUUUGUGAUUCCUGUCACGCAUUACUGAUUCAAAGAUGCUCAUCUAACUUGCCAUAAUACUCCAGAACUAAAUUCUUAUGUAUGAAAAGUACCUACGAUGAAUGUUAUGUAUGAACGUGUAUACAGCAUAUUAAGACAGUCCCUCUUAAGCAGCUUUCAGACAGCAUUGGUACCAGUUUUACUGUACCCAUAUUCAACUCACGGGAAUUAUAAAUUGUAUAAUUUGACAUUUCCUCCCCCACUGUAAUUCAGAAAGAAUUUGAUAGGGCAUGCUUUACAGUAACUUUAUCCUAAUUCCUGAUGUAGUAAUCAUGUUAACUCUUUUCUUAAUGCCACUGAGAGGUCAGAUAGCAUAGCUAACACAUUUGCCUUAUUUUGUAAAGACCUUAAAAAUAGGGCUGAAUUCAGAUUGUUUGAUUCUACAGAUUGUCAAACUGAUAUUUGAUGGUGCCUGUAAUUUUCUUAAUGCACUUUAAAGCUUCACAGUUCUGAAAAAUUGGAAAUGCACAUUUUAGAAGCAUUUAUAUUUCAACACAUUUUUCAUUACCUUGGUAAGAUUUCACAAUAUUUAUUUGCUCUGCCUUCCUCUGCCCAUUUUGCAUUAGAAAAGGCCUUCCUUCUCUAAAAAGUCAAUGUGACAUUUGCUGAUAACUUUCAGAUAACAGUGCGUUACAGAGGUAUUAUUUUGCCUGAAAACUUUUUAUUUUGAAAGUAAGUUAAAAUUCCAUAUGCAUUUCUUAGGGAGGACUCACACCCCCUUUGAAAGUCAAAACAUAAACCCUUCCCCAGAAAAAAAUGUAGUAGCAGGGAUUACAGGCUGAUUUGAUUCUCCCCUAAGCAUUUAAGAAGUCUAAAGUGCAAUAAAACUUUGCUUUUGAUGACAGUCUUGAGUAAAAAAAUUCUGUAUUGUUUCCAUUCCAGUAACUUUUAGGAAGCAUUACACUGUAGCAGUCUACUACUACAGUAUAUGUACAGAAUAAAAUAUUUACCAUUUACUGAGCACCUCCCAAGCCAGGGCCUAGGGUAAAGAUGUAGUUUCAGCCCUGCCAUUAAAUUCAUAUUUGAACUAUUUCAAGCAUGAACGUCAAUAAACACUAAUCCUUGCCAUAGCAAGAAUUUAAUCCAGUUACCCUUGUAUAAUUAACCAUUUGAACAGCCUCAGCACUUGGGGUUCUACUUUUAAGCCUAAUUUAAAUCAUGCACUUUAAGUCUGAGAACCUUUUAAACAUGUCAUAGGUAUCCACAUUACUCCUAAGAGCACUAAUGAAUCAUGGCUACCUCCCUCCCCGCUAGGAUAUGGUUGCUUAUUCUAUAGAAUUGUUUCCUCAGAGUACAUUCUUCCAUUGAAGUUUAAAAUUAUUUAACUUUCUAAAUUGCCAAAGUAUGAAACCAUUGUUUUACUUUCGGAUUUAUCUUCUCCCUAAUCCAGUUUUCAGUGUUCAGUUAGAACUGACGUACUGAUUUAUAGGUGGUCCUUAAUGCUCUGAUAGGAAUAUUUGAGACAUGAAUUAUAUUCUUGGAAAUAUUUUGUACUGAUGGGAUUGGAUUAACAUUUUUAUGAUUGCUGAAAAUGAGAAUAAGCAAAAAUGAAAAGUUUCAAAUACUGCUUUUUAUAACUGCUUAAAUUUAAAAUGUGAUUUUCUUAAAUUCCAAGGCUGGUUUCAUUCAACAAAUAAACCAUGAUUUUUAGUCCCCCUUUAAAUUCUUUGCCACUCAAAACUCAUGUCAUCACCAUUGAUUUGGGCUUUUUGUAGGCAGGCUUUUAUGACAGUAAUACAAGUUGCUCCAUUUUGUUUUGACUUUUAUCUAGAAACCAUUCUACAAAUUUUGGAUUUUAUGUUACAGAACUGUCAGUUUGUACUUUGUGAACUUCACAUACCAUUCCCUCAUCUAGGAGUACUACCACAGUAAUGCUAUCAUGGUGCCAAGGAAUUGUAGUUGUAAUUCUUCUAUCCACAGUUUUAAAAUGUGAAUUUUAUAUAACAAAUAAAAGAUUUGAAAAAUUA